CCAUGAGCGCACGACUAAGCAAGCUGUGGCCGGGGCUCUCCGCCAGGCAGCGCGGCAUCCGGCCGCCCACGAAACGCCACGCUGCCCAACUCCACCCCCGGCCUCCCUCCGCAGCGCAAGCCGCUCUCUACGUCCACUGGCCUUACUGUGAGAAACGAUGCAGCUACUGCAAUUUCAACAAGUAUAUACCCCGAAACCUUAAUGAACCUAGAAUGAGGAACUGCCUCAUUCAGGAAGCCAAGACCUUGAUCCAACUCAGUCAAGUCCAGAGAGUCACUUCGGUAUUCUUUGGUGGGGGAACACCAAGCUUGGCCAGCCCACUCACCAUUGCUGCUGUCUUGGAUACCAUCUCCCAAUGCACCUAUUUAGCAGAAGGCACUGAGAUUGCAUUGGAAGCUAAUCCAGCUUCAGCAGGUGCCUUGUGCCUUGCCAAGUUCCAGAAAGCGGGUGUCAACCGCCUCUCCAUUGGCAUCCAGUCACUUAAUGAUGCAGAACUGAAGCUCCUUGGAAGGAACCACACAGCUUGUGAUGCUCUAAGAACUUUAGAAGAAGCCAAGAAACUCUUUCCCGGCCGUGUAUCCAUUGACCUCAUCUUUGGACUCCCGGGUCAGACAGUUGCCUCGUGGGUCCAGUGUUUGGAGGAGAUGCUCGCAGUAUGUGAUGACCACAUCUCUCUCUACCAGCUGACCCUGGAGAGAGGCACUACUCUCUUUAAACAGGUCCAUCAAGGCUUCCUGCCCAUGCCUGAUCUGGAAGUAGUAUCAGAGAUGUAUGAGUGUGCACGGCACAUUCUGCAGGAUGCGGGCUUUCGCCAAUAUGAGGUCUCCAAUUUUGCUAGGAAUGGUGCAUUUAGUACCCACAACAUCUCCUAUUGGCAAGGCAGUCAAUAUAUUGGACUUGGACCAGGAGCCCAUGGGAGAUUUGUGCCGUGGGGAGAUGGCAAGAUUCAUCGAGAGGUCAGAAUACAGACUCUGGAACCAGAUAUAUGGAUGAAAGAGGUCUUAGCCGUUGGGCAUGGGACCCGGAAGCAGACUGCACUGAGUGAACUGGAUGUAUUGGAGGAGGUUCUGAUGAUGGGACUCCGUAUGAAUGCAGGAAUCACACACCAGCACUGGCUACAGUUUGCCCCCAAACUCAGUCUGUGGGAUGUGUUUGGAGAAUCAGAGGAAGUGAAAGAGCUGGUAGGGCAUGGCUUGCUGCUUCUAGACAACAGGGGACUUCGGUGUUCUUGGAAAGGUCUGGCUGUGCUGGAUUCUCUUCUGCUGACACUUCUUAGCCAGCUCCAGCAGGCUUGGAUGGAGAGAGAAAAAACAUUCAGUGGGACCUGAAAUACACACACCGUACUCAACUAACUUGCAGCAGAGCACACUUGAAAGGGCCGUCUAAGUUGGCGUUGAAGAGUGCUCACAUGUUGUUUCCAGUCUAGAAGGUGGUUCAAAUGCAGAGGUCAGAUCCAGAGAAACAAGUUUCUGAAAUGAAGCUGGUGAGUUGACUGUGGUCUCAGACCAUCGGGUGUAAGACUUGGCUGUAACUAAGCUGUUGCAAAGGGGCUUUGGCCCCUUUGUACCAAGAUGGAAGACUGUUUUUGUGUGGUCUUUGUGGCUUGUACAGGAAAUAAAGCAUGAAAUAUCCUUAGGCUACAUAAUGAAUGAAUUAAAUGUGAACUGGUUUUCAUUAACUGAAGUCUUCUACUUUUGUGAGUGAACAAUAAAGAAAUGUUUCUGUGGGAGGAAAUGACCAUGAAAAUAACAAAAGAUUAGCAUGUUGAAUCUACAGGGCAGCUCCCUGUUCUCAUGGUUCAAUUCCGCAGAGUACAACCGAGAGGGUGAAAAUGGCUUUCUCUC